AUGUCAAGUAGAUUUCAUAACCACAAAAGAUCAAAUUCAGAUUUCAUCGCCAACGAUCCAUUCCGUGAUAUUGAGAAGAACGCCUUGAGCAUCUUUGACGCACAAGUUCCUACAACACCGCGUCGUCGGCAUAGCGAGCUGAUACCCAACGAUCCUUUCCGUCAAAUCGAACUUAACGCUGAGAAAAUCUUUGAUGCGAAACCUAAAGCGAGACGUCGUCAUAGUUACGAGCUCAUUCCUAAUGAUCCGUUUCGAACAAUAGAGCUCCAUGCUCCAGAAAUAUUUGGCGAUUUGCCGACUCAUAAGCAAAAAAUUGCCACGCAACAAGGACUGUAUUCGAAAGGACUCAGAGUGGUAAUUAGCGGUGAGACAGGAUUUUCACGUCUGUUUAUCGUAGUUGCUGCGCAACAAGGCCUGGAUCCGAAAGGGUUCAGAGUGGACUGGAUCGAAGGAUUCAGAGUGGUAAUUAGCGAUGAGACAGGAUUUCCACGUCUGUUACCUAAUCGCCACGCAACAAGGACUGGAUCCGAAAGGGUUCAGAGUGGUAGUUUAGCGGUCGACGAUAGCUUGGUAAAAGUGGAUUUCACAUCCUGCUUAAUUGUAAUUGCCACGCAACAAGGACUGGAUCGAAGGAUUCAGAGUG